AUGAGGGCCAAGUUCCCGUACCAGAUUUUGGAAAACAAGAAAAUCUCACCCAUUGGUGUAGAAAGCUGGGGUUUGACAGUUCAAACAGAGCAGAGCAGAUGGAUUUUUACUCUGGGGUAUGAAAUGUUGCAACCUGGGUCGACCCAUUUCUACUCCAAACACCUUCUGCCAAACAACCUUGCAACCAUGUUCAAAGUAAAGAUUCCCCUGCCAUUACUUCUAUUCCUGCAUCUCCUUCUCCAAGAAACUGGCCAAGCUGCUGCUGCUGCUGCUGCAGCAGCAGAAAGCCAGGCCACGGAGCACUGUGAAUCUUCUUCCUGCGGUGAAAUCCCCAUCAGGGCUCCCUUCCGGCUCACAACCGAUCCCGGGAGCUGCGAUGACCGCAAGUUUAACCUGUCAUGUGAGAGUAAUACGACCGUGCUGCUGCUGCACCUGUACAGUGGAUGGACGAGGUACUACGUAAAGGCGAUCAACUACAACAACUCCACAGUCCGGCUGGUAGACGAUGGUGUGGUCAAUGGAAAUUGCUCUUCCUUACCAAAUCAUUCAUGGGAGUCUUCAUUUUUGGGGGAUCUAUAUGACCAAGACCCGCGAGCCGAACCUCUAGCUCAAGGCUUGGCUCUGAUCAACUGUGACAACCCUGUUGUCCAAUCUACUACUACUACUACAAGAACCCAACUAGUGUACGUGGAAACUAGUCCUUGCAUCGAUUUGGGGCCACGUUCUUCUUCUAGCUAUGCUCUUAUUGGGGGUACGACGCUAUAUGAUCUGCCAAAGAUGUGCAGCGUGGAGAUGACUACUGGAAUUCCCUAUAAUUACUAUUCCAGCUACACUAAUGUCACGUUUCAAGAAAUUCACCGCCAGCUUGAAUAUGGAUUCGAGCUUACAUGGUUGCCUCAACCUAAUCCAUGCAGAUAUGAUAUGUGCUUUUACGGGUUUUGUUACUGCUAUGGGCCAUCGGACGUUAUCCUCUGGAUUGGAAUUGUUGUACAUCGCAUGAUCCUGCUUGUACUUGGCACCCCUGCUAUCGUUGCCCUUCUGGUGUAUAAAUGGCGGAGGCGGCAUGAAUCAGCGUAUCACAGCAUCGAGGAGUUCCUCCAGAACCAAGCCCACCUCAUGCCAAUAAGGUACUCUUACUAUCACAUCAAGAAAAUCACUGGAGGGUUCAAGGACAAGCUUGGCCAGGGAGGGUUUGGCUCCGUCUACAAAGCAAAGCUACGCGGAGGCGGCUUUGCCGCCGUCAAAAUGCUCAGGACCAACAACAAGGUGCUAAACCCCACAGCUGCAGCAAGGAAAGGGCAAGACUUUAUGAAUGAGGUUGCCACCAUUGGCAGGAUCCACCACGCCAAUGUAGUCCGCCUUAUGGGCUACUGCUCCGAAGGAUCAAAGCAAGUCCUGGUUUAUGAGUUCAUGCCGAAUGGCUCUCUCGACAAGCACAUCUCUCACGACAACGAUGAUGGUGGUAGUGACCAAAACAGCAGCAGCAACACCUCUUGUUUGAGCUUGGAACAACUGUACCGCAUCUCUCUGGGAGUGGCACACGGGAUCGAGUAUCUCCAUUCAGGAUGUGAUGUGCAGAUACUCCAUUUCGACAUCAAGCCACACAACAUCCUCCUGGACGAAAACUUCACCCCCAAGGUAUCCGAUUUCGGGCUGGCGAGGCUGAACCAAGCUGGUCGGGACAACAACAUCGCGACUCUGACUGCAGCAAGAGGGACCAUAGGGUACAUGGCACCAGAACUGUUCUACAAGAACAUUGGAGGUGUCUCUUACAAAGCCGAUGUCUACAGCUUCGGGAUGCUGCUGCUGGAAAUGACAGGGAAGAGGGGGAACUUGAAUGCCACGGAGACGGAUCAAUCAACGGCUUACUUCCCUUCAUGGGUUCACAACGAGGUGUCUUCGCCGGGGACUCCAAUUGUAGUUGGAGAAGUCAAGGAAGAGGAAGACAACAUUGCCAAGAAGAUGGUGAUGGUUGGAUUGUGGUGCAUUCAGACGAAACCUGACGAUCGUCCCCCGAUGAACAAAGUGGUGGAGAUGCUUGAAGGCGACUUGGAGAGCCUGCAAUUGCCUCCCAAACCUGUUCUGUUUGCUGCAGAAGCUAUAAGGAAGAAUGAAGAAGGAUCCUCUUCAUCAUUCGUGUCAUCCUCUGAGUAUACACAAUCUGCUUUGAGUAAUCAAUAUGAUGAUGAUGAGUGAUAAUUGUAAUACUAUUACUAACUACUAGUAGUAAUGCAGCUCUUAAGUAUGUUUCUUGUUAUUUCAACUCUAUUACUCUUGUUAGUUUGUACUCUUUCCCAAGUUUUGACACAAUUUAUAUCAUGCUACUAAAAUGUUCCUUC